UUUGUGUAGUUAGGUCGUCAUACUUUAUUGGCUACGCGUUAACACAUAUAUGUACAUAUAUUUGCACUUGUACACACUGAAUCUGCUUUAUACUUAGUGUCCUCGCUUUAUCAUUAUCGAUUUCUCUUAAUUUUAACAUUCCCAAUUCAUUGAAAUAAAGUCUUUCGGCAAGCUCCAGCACACACAGAGGUGAAUGCAAAAAUGCGCAAUGUCAGCUAAGGGUAUAUGGCCACUGAAAUAAAUAAAUACAGUAACUAUUCCAAAAUCCGUGAGCAACAACAAGUGACUUCAGUUCGUCCUCCAAGUGCAUCAAGUGGUUUCUGGUAGUGCAUGUAUGUUUUCCAAUCGAUGUUUUGUGUGCGAUAAUAAAGUUUCGACUCCUGUUUUAAAAACUGAAAUUACCUCAAUUUCGAGACAGUCACCAGAAUUUUUACUUUUGUCAGAGUGCGCAAAUUCAAUUCUCACCUAAUUUCCAAUUUAGACACAGAAUCGGUGAUAAAAAAACAGACAAUUUGUGAUAAUCUAGCAGAAAGUGAUUGUGUAAUCUUAUAGUCAUAUUAAGAACAGGAAAUUUGCAUUGGAAUCUAGUUUUGAUUAGUUUUAGAAUAAAUACAUUAAGAAAGUUCCUCAGCAAAGUUUAAAUAAAAUUCCAUAUGGUACAUAUGAUUGAAAUUGUUCAUCCAGGGAAGGUGGACUUUCCUCAACAAGUAAUAAUGAACCGUCCUAUUCAAAUUAAACCAGAAGAAAACGAAAACCGUGGUGGUGAGUCCUAAUAGAUAAUCCAUAGAAGAAUAUUUUUUGAUGUUAUAAAUUUUCCAUUUUCUCAAGUAAUAUAUGCAUAUUACCGACAUUUCUCACCAAUGACAUAUAAGCAGAUUGAGCAUCUUCUAGUAAAUCAAACUGUUCAGCAAUUGUCUACGAUAUUAACAUCGAAAAACACACCUACUAAUUCAUUACCACUUGAUAAUCAGAAUCAUAAAUACUCACUUAACAUUGAGUGUGAGGUUGAUGGGAAAGCAGUUUUGGUAUCUAAAAACACCUAGCGCAAUUUUAAGAUACCUACACCGCCGAAAAGAUUAAAGAGCUACUGAACAACCUUCACUUACAUGUAUUGUGAUUCUGAAUAUUGAUUGACUACGCAAUAUUUUUGGUUACCAAGUGUGUAUAGUGAGCAAGCUCGAAAGAUUAAGAGUCAUAGAGUGCACAGUCCUAAAUACGGAGCGAAGCUGGAAUAAUCAUAAAACAAAUUCAUGUUCGUUUAGUUUGUGAGUUCAACUUCAACAACUCCAAAUUAUUCACGAACAGCUAUAUUAUGAAAACAUCGCCAUAACAAAAGUUCCAAUAAAUAUACUAUAAAAGUGCUGUAGUGCACAAGAACUAAAUAAAAGUAAACAAAGUUAAUUGACGCGCAAGAUUGUUCGCAAUUACAUCUCAAUGAAGAUGAAUGUUGAAUGGAUCAAAAUAUUGUGCAUUAUUCAUGAAUUUUGAACAAGGAUGCACGAGCAACUUUGAGGUGCGUUUUUAGGCAAUUCAAUCACAUGACAACGGCAAUUCAAUAAGAAACUUGGUAUGGAAAAUAAAUUUUAUCGGCUACAUAGGCCUGGCUUAAAUGUGAUACGCUUGUAGUGCUUAUAUUUUUGAGAAAAGAAACAAAAUAAAACAAUACAAUAUCUGUAUAAUUAAAAAAUACUGCAUUCAAACAACAUCCCAAAUUUCUUCUGAAGAGGUUCACGCAUGUACAUGAAUAUACUUUGCCUGAUUAUAUUUCGAUAAAAAAAUGUAUCAAGAAUAUCAAUGUCACAAAUUCGUUAAUAAAUGGCGUUGCGUCUCCGUUGUUUCCAUAAAGUUACAUUGGAUUUUCAUAAAUGGCAUCAGUGCUUGAUACAGUGGUGAUUGAUUAAAUAUAUGCACUACUUGAAUUAUUUUUCUUUUCGGGAGAAUACUUUUCAAUGAAACGAAAAUUUUAAAUUCCGUUUGGCGAUUGCAUUAAAAUUGUAUCACAUUCAAAGUACAGGCACUCUUGAUGUUGUUCCGUACUUCUGUUGUUUGUAAUUUAGAAAGUCUAUUUAAUAUUUUCCAAUUCCAAUUCGUUUGCUUAUACACGUUGAAUGUUUUAAAUUCCCGCUCAAUAGGAGGAGGCGGCAUACAUAGAGAUCGGAAGCUAUUUGUUGGUAUGCUUAGCAAGCAGCAGACGGAAGACGAUGUAAGGCAGUUAUUUAACCCAUUCGGCGCUAUUGAAGAAUGUACAAUUCUUCGAGGACCAGACGGAACCAGUAAAGGGUGCGCCUUUGUCAAAUUUAGUUCGCAUCAGGAAGCCCAAUCAGCUAUCAGCAGUUUGCAUGGAAGUCAAACUAUGCCUGGUGCCUCUUCUAGCUUGGUAGUAAAAUUCGCUGACACAGAAAAAGAACGGCAACUUAGGCGAAUGCAACAGAUGGCGGGCCAUAUGAAUUUAUUGAAUCCAUUCGUUUUCAAUCAAUUUGGAGCUUAUGGUGCAUAUGCCCAGCAACAUCAGGCUGCACUAAUGGCAGCUGCUACUGCACAAGGAACAUACUUAAGUCCUAUGGCGGCUUUAGCAACACAAAUACCUCACGCACUGAACGGUUCUGCCCAACCUAUAAAUGGAACAAUACCAUCAUUACCAUCACCAACAAUGCCAACCUUCAAUCUUGCAACGCAAACUCCAAAUGGCCAACCAGGAACAACUGACAGUGUCUAUACAAAUGGGUUGCCGCAAACAUAUCCUGGUCCUCAUGCACUUCAUCUUUCCAUCCCAGCGCAGGGUCUUUCUAACGGUGACACAGCACUGCAGCACUCUGCUUAUACUGGUAUGCAACCUUAUGCCGGAGUUGCCUAUCCAGCCAUGUAUGGACAAUUCUCCCAGGCAAUACCGAAUCCAAUAGCAGCUGUAGCACCAACGCAACGAGAAGAUUUUCUGAUGUUCCCAGGAUGUUCUAUUUCGGGACCUGAAGGUUGCAAUCUGUUUAUCUACCACCUUCCACAAGAGUUUGGAGACGCAGAGCUAAUGCAGAUGUUUUUACCUUUUGGUAACGUUAUCAGUUCGAAAGUUUUCAUCGACCGGGCUACGAAUCAGAGCAAAUGCUUUGGUUUUGUGUCGUUCGACAACCCUGCCAGCGCUCAGGCUGCAAUCCAGGCAAUGAACGGUUUUCAGAUAGGCAUGAAGAGGCUAAAAGUUCAAUUGAAGCGGCCAAAAGACGCGAGUCGCCCUUAUUAACAACGAAACUAUCCGGUGGAAGAAAGUGUUAUUCAGAUGUUUCCACCUGUGACCCAUUGAAUAAAUCGGAUUUUCACUUAAGUAUUGGAAUUGAGCGCUAAUUAACCCGUAAAGAAUCAACUGAUCAAAUUUUAUGAUUACGGGAAGUGUUAAAAAAGUACCGACAUCCCAUUACACACAGCCCUGCGUAUUCGUAUAUUAUAUACUUUGGCGGCAUUGGUAGUUUCCAUACAAACAGCCAUAACGAACAAUUAGUACUAUAAAAGUCAACCUUCGGCAACGGGGUAAUAUUUCUGGCAUAAAAUUUCGGUUAAAUAAUUACCACAUUAACACAAUCAGUGCCCACCUUUGAGUAUACUAGUUAAAUAUAAUUUACAUUUUAAUACCUAUUGUAAACAGCAGGAUUGAAAUCAAUAAAAUAUUUAUAGGAAAAAUGAUGGUGUAAAAACAUUUAAACGUUUAUAAUUAAAUCAUAAACAUAAGUUACUUAUACAAUAAAUUUAUUAUUAAAUAUACAUACAACAAUUAUACAUAUUUUACUAAUUAUGAAACUAUUGAUCACCACCAAUAAGUUAAGGAAAAUGUCAUUUGUAAUUUACUUUUAAAGCAGAGGUAUAUUUUAAACACAAAUUGCUUUAUAUACUGAUAUCUUCGAAAUAUAUUUCUGAAAAACGUAUUUAUUAUUAGAAAAAUAAUGUACAAACGUAAAUUUUACAGCUAAGCCAAAUAUUACACAAUAUAUAAAUUUUUAAAUAACGGAAUUCUACUAGAAACAUAUUUUGUAAAAAUAUAAAUUAAACGACUAAAGUUUACAAUCGUAAAAUAAUCUAGGAGAAUUAGUCGCGUUAUUAAGAGAAUGAAAAACCAACAAAUAAAUUAACAAUACAAUAUUAUAUAUACCUACAUAUAAGGGUAAUGCAAAUUUAGCAAAUUGCGUGUUUUAACACGUAAAAACGAUAUUGAUUGCAGAAUUGGCAAUAAAACUUUCCUGCAGUAAAAGAUUUGAUUAUAUCCUAUUUGAUUGCUUGAUUUCUGUUCAUGAAUGGUUUUAUCAUAAGAACAUAUGUCAAUUUAUCCAAAUAACUGGUGAAACUAUUCAACCAUCGACCUUAGUGGUAAUAGAAAACAUUUGACUUCUAAACCUCCAGUAGUUAUUGAGUACUAUCAUUUCCGCAAAAGAAAAAAUGAUUGUUACAUCCAUAGCCGAUUAGCAAACGGAAAAAAAAUAGUUCCAGUUACCGAAAUAAAAUAAAGUUAAAUCUGAUCUAUUAUAUUCCACGAAUGGGCUGUGAUUUAAUUGUAAACAUAUAGAUCUUAGAACGAAGAAACCAAUUAAAUACAAUUUCGUCUACAGCGGCAUCUGCUCUUUAACAUUUUGAAUUUGUUUUUAACUUUGUUUCUGUUGUUCUUUAUAUUAAUGAAAACUUUAAACAGCAUGCUAACAUCUUACAGGAUCCCUUUCUAAUAAAUUGGGAAUAGUGUUGCCAAUUCUUGCCUUUUUAUGAAUAACCUAUUGAAAAGGAAAUCCUAUACCAUAACAAAUAGCCCAUAGCAUCCCACGUUGAAAUAUAAUUGUUGAAACUAAAAUGGGAAACUUAAACUUAGGGUGCGUUCUUACUGGAAACUCAACCAAGGGAAUCAAUUGAUUUACAUCGAUAUAUAGACUUACUUAUGCAGGUUAGUCAUACACUUUAGAAAGUCGUUCACCAAUGAAACGAUAAUUUAUUAAUGUUAACCAUAGUGGGCGAUAGAUAUACAUAAUCACAUUGAGUGUCAACAUAAUGAUUGCCCACAAAAAUAAUUGAGUUUUGCUUUCAACUUGAAUAUAUAUGUUACCUAGCUCAUUGUGAAUAAAUACGUCCAUCAUAUUAAUUUAAGUUUGUUUAUUUUUCAAAUUCUGAAUUCUUAUUUUACAUUUUUGAGUCAAUAUUCUGGGUUCAAAAAUUUUCUUUUACAGAUAUAUUUUGCAAUCUAAUAGAAACGUAACAAUUUCAAGUUCUGUCGAUUUAUAUUCUUAACUAUAGUAAUUGCAUAUUGAAAACACCUGAUAUGAACGUUGCCUUGUUCGUUUAUGCUGUAUCUUGUUGGGUUUCUAAUUUCAUUCUUCUUCUUUUUCUUUACCUGUUCACAAGCGGGGUCGGCUCUUCGUGAUUGAUUGCACCAUUUUAAUCUCUCAUUUGUCUGAUAUGGAUCAAAUCACUAUCCAGCGUAUCAAGCCACCUUUGUUUCAGUCGGCCUUGUGGUGGCUUAUCGUCCACUUGAUGUUCAAAACCAUCUUAGCGAGUAAAUUCUCCUUAGUAAAUUAUCCAUGCCAUCGAGGACGCCUCUCUCCCAAUUUUUUCACGAUCGGUGCAACCCUAUAUCGAUCGGAUGUGGUCAAAGCGUGCCAGGCCACUAGUGCAGGGCAGGAUCUUCGUCUCCAUUACUUCCAACUUCGUUGCCAACUAACAAUUAUGAAGUUCAAAUAUUUCUAUAAAAUUUGUUUCCUCUUGGCCUUAGAUCUGUGUUGAUUUAAUUUUGCUAAAUAAAUUAACAGAGGUGAGUAACAAAAUAACUACAGAACUUCAUUAUUACAUUCAUAAAAAAUAUAACAUUAAUAACAAUUUCUUCACCCUUUUCUUCCUUGGGAAAUUUUCCAAAAAUAAUCAUAAGAAGUUAGCUGAAUCAAGCCAGAAAGCAAAUGUUAUGUAUCUUUAACAAACAGUUUUGGAAAUGCUUCAUAAGAUCUAGAAACAUGAAAAUGAAAUACCUUUUACCAUCUAUUCUAUUCAUCUAUUUAUGCUAUCCACUGUUAUUUGCUGCUAGUUGAAAAGCCUGAUAGUCUACAAAUUCCGUUUUCAUUCAAAUUUUCUCUGACUUUGAGCAAGUAAAUGGAAGGGAAAACCUAAUUCUUAUUGGAUCUGGAGAAAUGGAACAUCUUAGUACGCAGGGUGUGCGACAUUUGCCAGAUGUUAUCCUAGAAUGUGUGCCUGAUGUAAAAAAUCACGACGAAUUGAAAACUCUGUGUCUAUUUUAAUAGCUUACAAAAAUCUUGAGUGGUGUCUCAAAAGGCUGUUAUAAGCGUGUCAAAAUCAAAUCAGUUGCAUUAAGAAAUCUAUAAUAGUUGUAAGGGUUCACAACUUACACUAACAUAAAUCUUACUAUCGUAAAUUUUACAUAUGAUCAACCCGUUGGCCUGUUUUUCUCCAAAUUUCCAUCAUAAACGUUUGUUUGUUUCCAUUUGCAAAGCAGGUUAUACGAAGUAGAAGUCAUAGGAACGAAGCCGCCUGAGCAAAAUUUGAUUAUUUUGUUGAGGAUGUCGCAAGUCAGAUUGAAGGUAAUUAACUUUUUGUCAGUUAACCUUGCUGCAACAGACCGAUUUACUCGCAUUUGAAUUGUCUCAUGAUCCGCCUGCUUGAGAAUUCUUUAAGUUAACUCUCGUUAAUAAGUUUAACUUAUAUUUCAUAUUUUCAACAAAUGUUCCUCUAAUAAUAGCGACACUAUUAUUAUUUGAUAGUUAGGUAAUCUUUUCUUGUUAGUAUUAUUUAUGCCUAUUGCUGCAAAGUUCCUUAAUUCCUUCUCAGGGGACGAACAUUUAUAGCAAUUUUUUGACAAAUCUUUUUCUUUUGGAAAUAAUCAACCUACAAUCCCUAAUAAAAAUUGAAAAUGAAAUGAAAAUAUAAUUUGAAUGUGAUACAUACCUUUUCAUUGAAAAUAAGGGGUUCGCCGCUUCGCCGCUCUGAACGAGGUCUAAGGCAACCAUGAUAUUUGUUUGUCAAGAAGAAGUUCGCUUAGCAGAAAUAUGCUAGAUUAUUUUGUAUAGAUUAAUUAUUCGUUGUGACCUUUGAAUUUUUAAAUAAUUUAAUACUUGUUUCUGCGGGAAUUGCUUGAAAAAUAAUAAAUAUAGGUAUAAUAAAAUUUUGACGCUUGGAAACUACUGAACAGAAAUCAAAACCCCGCUGUAUAUAUAUAUUUCGUAAAUACUUUCAAAAUAUAAUGUUUUUCAAAGUUUAACCGUGAAAAUGAAAGUCAGGUGAAAUUAGAAAAAUGAAAAGAAAAGUUGAUUAAUAUACAAUUUGUUAAAUUUAGUACUUACUAUCCAAAAGAUUUAUUUUUAUGUACCUCAAAUUUAAAUUUUCAUCUUAAUUACAGAGAUGAGUGCCCUAUAAAUUAACAAGCCCUUUAGAUAAUCCGAUAUAAUCAAAUCAGAUAUUGUUAAAAGGAAUAAAAAAUAACAAAUUUAGUUUAAGAUAUAUUGAAAUUAUCCACAAUUGUUAAAUGUUUUUGAGUUUACGGGAUACAAACAGGAUAUUCAUUUAUAACAAUUAUGAGUUCAAUUUAUUGUAGCAAUUUAAUAUGUUAUGAACAAGAAAUGUCAGGCAAUUGAAGCCACUUGAGCGAAUUCAACUUUUUGAGCAUUGCUGCUUUCUUUUUGUAAAUCGAUUAGAUAUCAUCAGCUAAUUUUGAAAAGAAGCAAGAAAGAUUUUAACCGUAUGUACAUACAACAUAUUCAAUAUGCCUAAAAGAAGGCAAUAAGAAAUCUAUGAAAUGACGAAUCCUAGAUAAAUGAAGUUUUGUAAUAAUAUACAUGCUUUUUAUAUAUAAUACAAUAAUUUCAAAAGAGUUCUGAAAAAAAUUAAAAAGUAUUACAUACACCUAUGAUGGAUAAACAUAAAACAAAUCGAAACGCCUUCUGGAAUACACGAUUAACUACAACAAAAUAUAUAUAUGCAUAUUCAUUUAAAUUCUUUGCAUGUACUCUUAAAUAAAAUUUGUUAUUAAAGUCUAUGCAAAAGGAAACUAUAAAUAUUGGACACAGGGUAUUUCACGCGAUUAUAAUUGAAAUUAUCUUACCUACAUUUGCUUUGCAAUAAAAUAAAAUUCAAUUAUUAUGUUUUCCAUAAAUAUUUAAAAUAAAUUUACUAUUCUGCUGUUUUUCUAUCAAGGUUAAGUAUGUCUGGUUUAUAAAGAUGUACUGCCACGAAAUGAGUUCUGUAAAGACUCGUCCCAGAAAAAUUUUGACUUGUAGGUAAAAUAAGAAUAACACAAACGCUAUGUCAAUGGAAUACAUCAGUAAACCGCAAAGGAAGGGAAAAUGAAUCAAUUUAUUUUGGCGAAAAUAUAUUCAAAUUCGUCCCUAUAAAGAGACAAUUGACUCGAAAACAGAAUAAACAAAAUUGUACUGCCAAUGUUUUACGCCAUCCUAAUAUUGCAUAUGGGUAGGGAAGUUAUCGAUGGUAGGUUCGAAGAAUCCAAUCGAAUAUUUUUUUUAUGUUAUUAUUUGGGUCUUGAUUUUUUUUUCAAUUGACCAAUUUGAUAAUUGAUUGUAUUUGUUUUUACGGUCACAAUUGGAUUAGUGGUGGGAAGCACAUCUCCGUUUGUAGUUAUCUGAAACCAAAACGGUUUCUUAUUUUGUAUACUUGCCUCUAUCAUCCGAACUACGAUAAUAAUUUUAGCAUAAAAUGGUGGAGUUGUAAAAUUGAGUGAAUUUCCCAUUGAAGAUCCAGAAUAAAAAUAAGAAAUUAUUAAUUAGAAAACAUAAUCGUGGUUCGGACUAUGGAUGUGUAGAAUAUUGUGUAAAAAUUUCAGCCAGUUCGGUGGAACAAAGUUGUAGUUAAGCUUCCCACCAUUUCAAAAAAGGUUUUGAGAAAAACAUGUUUAAAGAUUUCGUUUUGUAUUCACACAACAUGAUUUGUGCUCUUGCAUUUGCUAUAACUUAUUAAAUGUUUUAUAUUUCCGUCUGAAAGAUGCAAUACACUCGCAACUCGUACAUUCAAUAUAUAUAAAAAUGAAAAAAUCGAUUUCUGGAAGCCGUCAGAUAGGAAAGCCCCCUUAACAUAGCGUAUACCUAAAAUCACUUUAAAAUUUUAAAUCAAUUUUUUAGAAACAGGCCAAAUAAAUAAAAGGAAUAUACCAAAAUUAAAAACGGGUCCGAUUGCCGGAAACUGGAUGCUUCAGUUAUAAAGGUUUUGUGUUUAUGCUGUGUAGAGAACUUUCUAUGCAUAUUUUUUCUAUACAUAGCCAAAAAAUUAAAAUAUUCCUUCAUUUAUUUCCAAACUCUACUAUAUAUUUAUGUACAUAUUAAAGGCUUAUAUAUUAUGCAAUGCUUGCCUACUAAAGUAUACUGAUGCGUAAAUGUACGCGUGUAAAUUGAUUUUAAGCAACUGAUUAUAUCCGACUUACCAGUUGGGCAAAAGCAUAUACAUAUAAAUAUCUCCAUAAAUUGGGUACCAUGGAAUCUUGCGCCACCGAUUAUUAUUAUUACACAAAUAACUAAGAAAGGAAAACUAAGAUGUUCCCCGCGGAAUUCGUUCGUUCGCUUUAUUUUGGCACUGAUAUAUUGAUAUAUUAUGUUUAUCUCAGAUGAUAUACACAUCGCAAAGUGCAAUAAAUUCUCAUGAAAUAUAAAAUUUUGACCUUCUAGAACUUUGUUAAUAAUAGUUUAAUUUCAUUUAAACUUUGCAUAAUGAUGUCUUCUAUUAUUACUUAUACUGAUGCCAAAUUCUGUACUCAGUUUGAACUUGAAGGGGUAUGCUAUUAUUAACUUUAUUUGAGCAUAUAUCGAAACGGAAUAUAUUUUCGUUUCAGAUCUAGAUUCCUUAAAGAUAAACACGGGGGGGGGGGGAUUUUUCCAGGUUUACAAGUCGAAUAGGUCUGGUUUUUAGACCUGUUUCGGUUUUUGGGGUAUAUAUUGUGAAGCAAAAUGAAACCACUCAUUGCAUGUAAAGGGUUUCACACACCAGCACAAAUCGAAAAAAAGUUCCUUAAAAUCCUUUCCUUCAUCAAGUUUACUAUCGAGUCCCAACCAGGCUUUCAUACUUUAUAAGGCAAGGAAAAAUAAUGACGAUACCGCACAGUAACAUCAGGUUGAAAAAUAUAAGCCGCUCAAUACUUCAACAUCCUACCAGUAGUCUCAUUUUUGAUAAUGUAAAUACUUCUGUAUUAUGUGGAAAUGAUUGAACGGUUUUUCUUUUUUACUAGUAUUUUAUUUGAGACAAUAUUUACCGAAAUUUCGGGAACUACCUGUUCCCGUUUUUAGUGGUUUACGGUUUAUGCGUUUUCUCCCGAAGAACAAAAACAGGCAGUUUUUAUCAAAUUGGAAAAAUUUCAAACGAAAGCAAAAAAGGAAAUGGUAAUCCUUUUUCUCGUUAGUGCUUUGAGAGGCACUAAAAUAAACUAUUAAACCUCACGUGAAAAAUUUUUUUUUGUUCUUAGACUUUUGGAAUUUUGGUUUAGAUAUUACAUGCAUGCAAAAAACUUUAUCCUCUUGAAAAUUACUGAUGUAAUCCAAGAAGUUAUUGUAGUCUUAAUAUGACAGAUUUCCUGUGUAGAAAUUUAAUUUAUUUACUCCGUGGUAAGUUGAGCUGAGACUUGGUGGGGUGAAGUGGCUCACUGUGACUUUUUGAGCCGCAGUUUUCACUGGUGACGCAAUUGUGGUUGACUAUAGCUAAAAACUGGUUGCACGUUUUCAAUGAAGUUUGCGCUGGUGUUUACUUUGUAUUACUUUGUAUUAUGUUAAUGAAUUUGAUAGGCAGCAUUUUAAUGCUGAUUUUAAUCAGGCGUAACGAAGAACGGAUAUUACAGCAAAGUUUCAAGUAGCUCACUUAAGUAGACUAUUAUCUGCAAAGCAAAUGUAUUUAGGAUCACUUAAAGUAAAAUUAUAAACAAAUGAACAUGUUUAUUGUAUAUCUACGAAAUUUGAAAGCGAAACAAUAAGCGUAGAAGCAACUAGAAGAGUAAGACUUAAUCAAGAAGUAAAUAAAUAUUUCACUGAGAGGUAGUAUUCAUGAUAUUAUGAACUAUGGACUCCUACCACUGAGAAGUACGUUAUUGUAUGAGCAUUAACGGAAUAAAGUUUAGCUUUGGGAGAAACUCUCAAAACCAUUAUUUGGUUCGUUUAUAUUUUCUUAUAUUAUAAGAGUGAGUAUUUUAGAGCAGCUCUACAUUGGACUAUAAAUCAAGUUUUAAAAAAUAUUACCUGACAUGAUUGGGAUGGUUUUAUAACUUCAUAAAUAUUUGAUAGCAUCUACAAUAUUAUACUCGAACUAAUAUUUAUAUAUUUAUUUAAUAUUGUGAUUGAAUAUUACAUAAACUUUAUGCAUUGCGUCAUUUCUGCCAAAAUGAACGAAUUAUCAAAGUAAAUAUGCAAUACAGAUGAAAAACUUUGAAUUUGGAUAGUCUAAUAUAUUAAAAUAUAGCAUAUAUUUUGAAGUGUGAAAACUUUAAUUUAGUUCACAAAUCAAAAAGAGAAUGCGAAAUCAAAAUUUCACUCACACAUUAAAGGCGAAAAGUAUCCAAAUUAUAUUAACUAAGUAAGACUAAGGGUAAAUAACAUUUCCACCGAUUAUAUAAAACAAUACACAGCACUACUUUUGCUAGUAUUAGAAAUAUAUCAAUUUUGGGCUACCAUGCAGUUACCAUUUAAGCAGUAAAAACGAUAUGGCUAGAAAGCGAAUUUAUAUUAACAUGUUUGGAAAAAAUAUACAGAUUCGUUCUAUUUUUUUUUCAUUUUAGAUAUUUUAAUGAAACGUACCAGAAAAUGAUCUGCUUUUAAGCAAACAAUAGGGAAUAUAACAUUAGAAUGAUCUAUAUAAAUAUAAGAAAUAUAAAAUCUCAAAUCUACUUUUAAUAGAUAUGAAAAGCGAAUAGAACAAUUAUUUUUAAAGUUGAAAAAAAAAGUAUUUAUAAAAAUUUAAUAUAUAUUUAUUUGAAAUAAACAAAUUGAAAUUUACAAAAAAUUGAACAAACUAUUUAAUACGAAACAUAAAGGUUUUUAGCAAGUAACCAAAAACCUAAACUAAAAACAAUUGAAAAUUAUAUAUAAGCUUAAAUAUUUUGUCAUACAUACAUGCGUACACUGUUAUUAGUUCUAGAAUGACAACCACGAAUAGUGUUACGAAAAUUAUUCCGUUCUAUAUAUUUUUACAGCAGAAGAAUAUUUCUGAACACGCCAUAGACGUAAAAGUAAUAACAGAACUGACAUUCAAAUAGUAUAUGAUGGUUAGGUAUUAUGAUUAUAAGAUACCGAUUACUAACGACCUAUAAAUUUUAGUUAGCAGUGAAUCCAACAUUUGAACCGUACUAAUGAAACUGUUAUCAAUAAAAGUAAAACAAUUAAGUUAUUGUA